AUGCUAGCACCUUUCAUCGCUGCAGUUCGCAUUGGUCCCACUUCGAUUACAACCGCUACGCAGUCGUCCACUGCGCAGCGUCGAACGCAUCCGCUUACGCAACUGCACCGUGCUUCAUGUCGUUUUGACCUUACUGUAGUAAAGUCAAGACAACUUGAAGUCGGAUCAGUUGCGCAAACGGGUGCGCACGAAGUGGUGCGCUAUAGCGUAACGCUUGGAAUCAACGAGGAACCCUCACUAGCGCAAUUCACUGCUGCACUACGAGUGAAGUCAGCAACAGCGACGUUUCUACCUUGA